AUUAUUAAAAACAGUAGGUAAUUACCUUAUCGUUAACGCUUGCAAUUUUUCCGCCGGUGCCCAAUGAUGUCACAGCGAUCAACUAUGGUGGGAGAAUACACGGAUCUCGGACAACUUCGGUUUUUGUACUGCGUAUUUCACCGUAAACCUACUGCCAUAGCCAUCUAUGCUAUUGCGUUCUUCGGUUGGGAGAGCAACUGUGUAACGUUAUCGUAAUGCGCAUGUAGGUAAACUUCUCGGGCUGUGUUCAUUUUGUUUUAUCGAUUUUUCUGAUAACUACAGCGAUGGGUCAAUGAUGUUUUCGAGAGAUAACGACGUUUAAAAUAUUAGACACUAUAACUAUACUACAUAACUUUGGCUGCUACUGCAAUCGUAAUUAGGAAUAAUUGCAGUGCAAGUUCACACUAUAUUUCUGUAAUUGAACGUAGCAGAGUAAAAAAAAAAGUUUGCAAUAAUACAAAUCGAAUUGAUUUUUCUGUUUGGAUGCCGCGGUACACGCAAUACGACAAUUAAUCUUUUAGAUAUAGAAUUCGAUGACGACGCGCGAAUCCAUUUACAAUUAUUAUACGUCAUAAUGUGUGGGAUAUUUUGUUCUUUUGUCAAAGGGUCAGCAGUAUGCGAUAGUGUAAAUAAUAUAAUAUUUGCUACUUUUCGAGAAAAUUUAAAUGGUGUAGAUUAUAUUAUAAACAUUUUUAUUUGGUUUUUUUGUUUAUAGAUCAACAAGUGCAGAUCGUCACUACAGAAAAGAGGACCUGACAUCGGUUCGACUUGUCAAAUCAAAGUCAAUGACUACACAGCUUUGUUUUCCGGCAAUAUAUUGUGGAUUCAAGGAGAACGCCCCACUAACCAGCCGUAUGUAGACGACAAAGGUAAUAUAUUGCUGUGGAACGGUGAUGCAUACUCAUGGAAUGUUACAGUAAGUACCUAUCUUAUUUAAAAAAUAAAUCCUACCCGAUAAGAAUAUAAUUCUACCCAUUGAUAUUUUUAAAUUUAUAUCUUUUAGGUUAACGCUAGCAUUAAAGACAGUGAUACAAAAAUAAUAUCAGAUUUUCUCUGCUACGAAGGCAACAUGGAACUGCUAAUGACCUCUGUGCAAGGCCCUUAUUCCAUAAUAUAUUAUGACUAUGAACAACAGGUCUUGUGGGUCGGUAGGGAUCCGAUAGGACGUGUCAGUUUGUUAUGGUAUUUAGGUGCAGAUAAACUGAUAGUCACAUCAGUUGGACACAAAGAUAUUCCGGACCUAAAAGAAGUACCAGCUGUUGGAUUGUUUAAAUUCAAUUUGAGCGAGGGCCAACUCAGUAUAAAAAUCUCAAAAACGUUUCAAUAAUGUUCAAUAUUUCAUUAAUAUUGUCUUAUUAAUAUUCCAGAACCUCAGCUCUUCCAGUGGUCACAUACGCGUUUUGAUUGUGAUUACAAUAUUAUAAAUGAACUACAAUAUUUUAAACAAAUUCGAACUCAUCAUAUUACAAACCCCGAAGAUUCUAUUUUAAAUGAAAAUAAUCAAUUUAAUAUGGCUACACUAUUAUUACAUCAAGAGUUUUCUACUAACAUCACCAAUCUGAUCGACCAUUUGUUACAGUCAGUUGAAAAAAGGACGACGAUCAUUCCAAAGGCUUGUAAAUUAUGCGAGUUCAAAUGUGAUCAUGCAAAAAUUGCAAUUUUAUUUUCAGGAGGUAUAGAUUCGGCAAUUCUAGCUCUAUUAGCUUCCAAAUAUAUUGAAUCAGACGAACCAAUUGAUUUGUUAAAUGUAUCAUUUGAAAGACAAUCGAAUCCUAAUAAUUUUGACUGUCCAGACAGACAAACAUGUUUAAGUACACUAGAAGAGUUAAAGAUCUUAUGUCCAACUAGACAAUGGAAUUUAAUAAAAGUGAGUUUAAUUAGAUUAAAGUUCUCAUAAAUUGUAUAUCCAUUUUUAAAUGGUUUGCAUUCAUUUAGAUAGAUGUUCCAUAUACUGAACUGCAACAAAAACGUUUUGAUACCAUACGUCAUCUAAUUUAUCCUUUAAACACUAUUCUGGACGACAGCCUCGGGUGCUCCUUAUGGUUUGCUUCUCGAGGACUUGGCAUUUGUGAUGGAAAAUGGUACAAAACACCUGCUCGAGUAAGUCAUUUUAAAUAGGGACCUAAUAAUAUUUACUUAAAUAAUUAUUUAUAUGUAUAUUUAUUUAAACAUUUAUUCUCAUUAAAUAUGAGUUAAAAUAAACACAAAAUACUUAUUAAAAUAAAUUUGAUAUCAAAAAGUAAUUAUUGAGAAAAUAAGUAUAGCCUCUUAUACACAUUAAAAAUUUGCUAAUAAUAACAUCUAUUCUGUUAAUUUGAAAUGAUCAUUUUGACUGCUCCAACAAAAAAGGUAGUAUUUCGAGUUAUUACUGGUUAUCCAGUAGUGGUGUGUUUUCUCUAUCGCUAUACCCAUUAAAUAUAUUGUCACCAGCACGUCGGGGAUGAUACCUAUGUCAAUAAUAUACUAUCCGAUAGUUACAGGGGACCUUAACAAGCGCUAACCACUUUCUUUUUCCUUAUUUACUUUAAAACAAACUUUUAGGAAGCACGUAGCGUCGCUUUGUGUUCCGUAUAUAUACGGGUCCUGAUGUACACCAAAAGGAAGGUGGUUACAGAUCUUAGACCAUCACCACUGCCUCACUUUAAGUCAGUCCACGUUCAUGCCCUUGCAGACAAAUCUUUUGUCCAUUUUUAUUUGUUUCUAAAUUAUGAGUUUUACCAAAUAAAGUCUUUAAUUGUAUUCAUUUAUAACCGUUUCUACUAUCUAUCUCCAUCUCCUUCCACCAGCAGACAUCAGCAAAGUUCCGUUAUUAAAUAAAUCGUAUGAGCAGUCACAUCAGCCCUAGGCUCACUACAUCGCCCAUGGAAAUGUACUAAUGUGCAUAAUUUACUGCAACCUUGAUUUCCAUUGAAAACAGCUGUAUACUUUUGUUUAAUGAAAAAUAUUUUUACUAAAAUAAGAUAAUACCUUUUUCAUUGAGGCAGUCGAUUAAAACUAUUGUCCAUUAUAUUCUUAUUGUACUAGGUAUAUUUAAUAGUUUUACUUAAAAUUUAAUUGUUAAGUAAUCAACAUUGCCAUUAUAAUGAGGUAGUUAAACAUUUUAGUUUAUCAAUCGAAAAAAUCUUAUUAGUGAUUUUAAAUGCAUGAUAAAUAUUUAAAGUUUUUAUAACAAAUAGAUUAAAUAUUUUUGUUUAUACUAAUCAAUUAGUAUUUCUUUCGAAAAAACAUAAUAUGUUAACUAUAAAUAAUUAAGUUGUUCUACUUGUAUAAACAAAAUUAAUAAUUUAAAUUAUGUAUCUUUAUUAAAUUUGUUUAUUUUAACAAUAUACCUAAUUUUGUAAAUAAAUUAUAACUACUGAAUACAAUUGUUAAUUACACUAUUGUAAAUGUGCAGGUGUUAUUAUCUGGAAUGGGUGCUGAUGAACUAUUGGGUGGUUAUACAAGAUAUAGAAAAAUUUUACAACGACAUGGUUGGCAGUCUCUAAACGAAGAGUUUGACAAAGAUUUUUCAAAAAUACCAUCUCGUAAUCUUGGCCGAGAUAACCGAGUUUGUUGUGAUAAUGGGCGUCAAUUACGUACACCAUAUUUAGAUGAGAAUGUUGUUGAGUUUGUUAGAGGACUCUCACCAUGGCAACGGUUUGUUUAUAAUCAAUUAAAUAGUCAUGAAAUGGAUUUAUAGUUUUAUUUUUUUUUUUUUCUUAAGGUGUUGGCCUAAAGAACCAUAUCCAAUUAAUUUUGGUGAAAAAUUAUUAUUAAGAUUAGCAGCUUUCAAAUUGGGACUUGUAAACACAGCUAGUUUACCAAAACGAGCGCUACAAUUUGGAUCAAGAAUAGCUAUAAAAAAAGAAAAUGCAAACGAUAUUAGUGAUAGAUUAUAAAUGUGUGGAUAAUACAUUUUAAUUUACUUUUUAAUACUAUACCUAUUAAUUUAUUUUUGUAUGAUGCUAAUAUAAUACAUUUAUAAUAAAUUAGUUACAAUUAAAUUGUAUUAAAAUUAAAUAAAUAGUCUUUCUUUUU